GUACCAUCAAGACGCGCGCUGUACGCUGUACGUGUUCAAGGUGCCAGACGCGUCGAAACUCAGGCUGCCAGCUGGGACCGCACACCAAGACCGAGGUCACCCUCUUUUAGUCGCACCUCAAGUACUCACCGUCAGCCCAUCGAUUACGAUCAAAUAAAUAAUAAACCUGAUCAAGUCAAAUUAUCAAAACUUCCCCAACUUUUUUUUUUCUCUUUCACUUACCCCCCCUCCAACCAUGACAACCCCUCCUCCCGGAACCCCAACCAUCGUCCAAUUCACACCUCUCCCCUCCCAAACCCAUCCAUCCUUCUGGCACAAAUUGACCGAACUGAAAUUGGAUGUACUUAAACUGAGCGACGCGGAGGUGGAAAUUGGGGGCAGGUAUGGUGUUGGAAGGGUUUUUCGAGAUCGAGAGGCCGCUGGUGAGAAGUGGGUCGGUGUUGGUGGGAGUUUGGGUGUUGACGAGGGUAGUUUUGGGGGUCAGACUACUACUACUACUACUACUAGUGUACCAGUCGGAACGGCCGUUGCGAGAGGAAUCGUAAAGAACUUUAACACGAUCGAAGAGUUUAAAGCUGCGGAUAAGAGCAAGAUUUUUAACCAAGUUGCAGAUAAGAUAUGGUCGUCAAUCCACACCACGAAAUCCACCACCCUCCUCAACACCUUCCUCGUUAUCACCUACGCCGAUCUCAAGAAAUACAAAUACUUUUACUGGUUCGCGUUCCCUGCUUUUGUCAGUAAACCAGCGUGGUACAUCGAUGGUGCUCUAGGUUGGGUUGGCGCUGCUGCUGCUGCUGCUGCUGCUACUACUACUGGUGGUGGUGGUGGUGGUGGCCCAGGCUACUCACACGACCAGCUCAAAUCCAUUCUAGACCAACUCCACAAAUCAGCUCACUCGGGCUCGAAACCUCUACCCUAUUUCCUCGUCAGAUCCUCGGGAACCACCACCGUGGAUGUCGUACCCGUAGAAGAAUACGACCCGUCAAAAGACAGAUACACGGAUACACUAGAUUCAACAGGGACAGGGACAGGGACGGGGACAGCGAUAGGGUUCAUCGAUCCUUCAGCAGGAGAACAAAACCCCGGAUGGCCAUUACGCAAUUUGUUAGCCUACAUAAGAGCAUUGUACCCUGGGGAUAGCACGAAGAGGUUGAAGGUGGUUUGUUGGAGAGAUUCGUAUGUUCCUCGUGGUGAGGAUGGGUGGAAGAGUCGGGUUGGGGUUAUUACUCUAGGUGAUGGUGAUGGAACGGGGGUAGGGGAUGGUAAGAGGCCCGAUGCGGUAGGUUGGGAGAAGAACGUGCAGGGGAAACUUUCGCCGAGAGUGGCUGAUUUGGCACCUAUGAUGGAUCCUACGAGAUUAGCAAAUCAAGCUGUGGAUCUGAAUCUGAAAUUGAUGAGAUGGCGAAUUAUACCGAGUUUAGACCUUGAGAAGAUCGCUGGUACGAAAUGCCUCUUGCUCGGUGCUGGUACGCUUGGUUGUUAUGUUGCGCGUUGUUUGAUGGGAUGGGGAGUACGAACGAUAACACUCGUCGAUUCAGCACGAGUUUCCUUUUCUAAUCCGGUCCGACAACCCUUGUUUCAGUUUUCGGAUUGUUUGAAUGGGGGAGAGCCGAAAGCGGAGUGUGCUGCUGCUCGGUUGAAGGAGGUUUGGCCUGGGUUGAACGCGACGGGUGUAUCGCUAUCUAUACCCAUGCCAGGUCAUCCCAUCCCUGAAUCGCCGCCAUCUAUAAUGGAACAAACAAGGAAAGACGUGGAAAGAUUGGAAAGGCUUAUUGAAGAGCACGAUGUGGUUUAUCUGCUUAUGGAUUCGAGGGAGAGUCGGUGGUUGCCUAGUGUUAUUUGUAGAGCGAAGGGCAAGCUUGUUAUGAAUGCGGCAUUGGGAUUUGACACUUUCCUCGUUAUGAGACAUGGUGCGCGACCAGCGAAGGGGGAAGAAGGAGGAGUGGAUGAGGAUCUGAAGGGAGCGAGGAGGCAUUUGGGGUGUUAUUAUUGUAAUGAUAUUGUUGCUCCUGCUGAUUCGUUAACAGAUCGAACGCUGGAUCAGAUGUGUACAGUUACUCGACCGGGGUUGGCAUCGAUUGCUGCGUCUACGGCUGUUGAACUUAUGAUGAGUGUGAUUCAACAUCCUGAUGGAUUCCGAGCGGCUGCACCCCCACCUCAAUCCAACCCGAAUGAUUACCCUCAUCCAAGUGAAGGCGGGGAAGGGGAGGGGAGUAGUGUAUUGGGACUCGUACCGCAUCAGCUUCGAGGGUAUCUUGCGCAGUUUAGGAAUCUCCAUGUUGUGGGAGCUGUUUAUGAUAGGUGUACGGGGUGUAGUGAAACGGUGAUAGAAGCAUAUGAGAAAGAAGGAUUUAGUAUGAUGUUGAGAGCGUUUAACGAUCCGAAGUAUUUGGAGAGGUUGACGGGGUUGGAUAAGUUGUAUGAUGAGGGAGAGAAGGCGUUUGAAGGUGUGGAUUGGGAUGAGGGGGAGGAUGAGUUUUGAAUUUUUACGGAUGCGGACACUCAAUAUGUGUAACAUCAGCAUUUUGGCACUUUGAUUGCCGCGGGUUUUCUUGGGUUGUGCAACCCAAGAAAACCCGGAACAACCGACAACCACGCCAUCAGCAACCCCAGUCCGUUUAUUCACAAUCGAUUGAUGGACCUGUCUGACCACCCAAAUCUCUACCAUUAAACUUUACCACUCACCAUAAGACCAUUCUAAAUUAUAGUAAUUCUUUUCAUUCAUCCUUUUGGCAGAUUUUAAACUCAUGUAUAAAUAAAAUUAUUGAUUAAUGUACAAUUUAUAUAUGUGGA